AUGUCUCGACACCUCAGCUCGAAAGCAAGUUCGUCAUGCUGGGAAUUCGACCUGCACGAUAACGGUGGCCACUUUCCACUGCCGGAUGAUUAUUUCCCGGAGAUCCGCCUUACGUCCGAGGAGAUUAAAGAGUAUGAGUCGCAUAUGGAAAAUAUCGUUAAGAAUGCAUUGACUGAGUACGACCUGCAUGAGGCUAAAGGGUUGCAUCCCGUCUAUGAUGCGCCCUGGACUCUUGUGAGCAACGUGGAAGGUCUCACUACGAUCAAGAAGGAGACACAUGAUAGCUCUACAACCAGCCGGGCUCGUAUUUUUGGUCGCAUAAACGGCGACUACCGCCAAUUCAUUGACUUCUUUUACGCUGAAACGUCGGCCGAACUAUUUGCGUGGAACCAGUUCAUGUUUGGAUACGCUACGGACGCUGCUGUGCUCAAAACUAUUCACACUGCAGCGUCCAAGGAAAAGUGUUUAUACAUGGGCAUCAAGUGGACGUGUUUGAACCCGUUGCAGCUUGUCAAGAAGCGAGACAGUUGCUACAUGGAGUAUCUUAUCUAUACAAAGGAUUUACGAGGACGCGACGUGGGCAUUCGUGUGACGUGGCCGCUCGACAUCCCUGAAUGCCCGGAGCUGCCGAAAAAGCUCAAGACGAAGCGUGUCCGACUGAGCACGGUUUGGAUUUCCAGACCUGCUGACGGCAAGCCGGAUGUCACCGAAUUCUUCAUGCUGUCGGAGAAUAAUUUUAAUGGUCUUGCCGUCACCGCCAGCUACUACAGGCGCAUGAUGAAUAUUCUCAUGAGCAUGGCGGUCUUCGUCGAUUCGCGACGAAUUUUGAUGCAGGGAGUAAUGGCGCGGAAUAGUUGGGCGAAGUCUGAUUCCCGCAAAAGUUGCAGCGUUUGCUCGCGUAAGUUCGGACCGACUCGCCGCCGCCAUCACUGCAGACUAUGUGGAGACCUUAUUUGUCGACGGUGUGCUAUCGUCCGUGACGCUCCCAAGGACGAGGGAGCAGACAGUACGUCUAGAACGUUCGAGAUCGUCAAGACAAAGUUUUGCAUUAUCUGUGUGACGAAGAUGCGUAAAUCUGGUAACAACAUGUUGGUGCCGGUACCUACACUGAGCGGCAAGUUAUCCGUAACCAACUGCAUGGAUCUACAACUCGAUGAUUUUUGCAGCUCGACUAUCUCUGAGACUGAGUCUGAAGACGGCCACGCUCUUAACUUUUCAGAGACGGGAAGAAGCAGACGAGCGCGACCACUGCAAGUGUUGGCACAGCCAGCUGCGACCUUUACUCAAAGUGGAGGCAAGGCUUCUUACACGUGUAAGCUUGAUGUGAUGGAUGACCAGUCCUUUUCUAUUCUAUCGAAUUCGAGUAUGAACGCUUACGAGCUUAAUGAAGAAGAAGUGGCGGAGGUUAUUGACACGACCGAUAUGAUGCCGAUUUCGUCGCUCGACUUUAUAAAAAGUGGGAACUUACCGAACGAAGAGACAAUGACGAGCUUAGGUAGUGGCUCAAGUUGGCCUUUGUUUGAUUCCAAGAGCCCCCCUCGGUCGCUCGAUCAAUGUCUCGCAGAGCAGGAAGAGCUGCUGUGCCGCAUGAUGCUUUCGGCGAGUGGAAUACGCCGUCGGAACGCCGUUGAGGACUUGGAAACCGAAUGUUGUGGCUCUUCCGUUAAUUUCCAGUCGACCCGGUCGCGUCCCGAUGUUACACUAUAUGGGGGCUAG